AUUUUUAUUAUAAAAAUUAAAAUCCUAUGCUAUUUUAUAAAUUUUAUAAUUAUAGUCUAUAUUAUACUAAAAUAGAAGUAAUAUAUGAUUUAAAUAUGAAAAUUAUAUUAAAUUGGUAAAUUAACAUAUUUAAAAAAUUACUUUCAUUAAAAUAAAUGAAUAAAUAUAUCAUUCAACUUUUAAAGGAUUAAAUUUGUAAAUUAUGUAAUUUUUUUUACACAAAAAGUAAAAUUAUUCGUAAACUUUUAUAUCUACAAUUAUAUAUUAUCUAUUUAUUUAUUUUGAAAAUCACAGCAAUAUGUUAUCUACAAAUGAUUAUAUAUAAAAUAUAUUUGUAUACAACUAACCUUUAGUUUAAGUGUUAUUUACAAAAUAUGCUAUUUGAAAAUAACUAAUCUUUAGUUUAUAUGUUAGUUAUAAUAGUAUAUAACUAACCUUUAGUUUAAGUGUUAGUUUUAACUAUAAAAUAAAUGUUUGUUUUUAAUUAUAACAAAAUAUAUUGAAAAAUAUAAAAAAUCUUACCAAAAUUUUAAAUUUUAUUUAAUAAAUAAUGCAUUAAUUUAUUUGGAAAAUCAAAAAUCAAAAAAGUUUAGUAACAAAAAAAAUUCAAAAGUCAUAUAAUUUUCCAAGCUCAAAAAUACUUGUGUAACUUUCCAAAUUUCUCUUGACCAAAUAAAAUUUUUUGAAAAUAAAUAUUUCAGUCUCAAAUGAUAUAUUCCUAAUUUUUUAAAAGAUAAUAUCAUAGGCCAAGUAUAUUAUUUUUACAAUAUGCAACACGAAAAUAUCAUUUCUAUAGUAUAACUAAAUAAAAAUUAAAAAUGUAUUGUAUGUAAACUGUAGAAAUAAAAAAACAUUUUGAAAGAGAUUCUAUAUUUGAUUAUUUCAUAUUAUGAAUUUAUUGUACCGAACUCAAAAAUAUAUUAGUAUGUAAUAAUAAUUAAUAACAAAUUUAAAAAUGUAAAACAAUUAAUUAUAUAUUAAUAAUGUCGAACAAGAAAUAUAACCAAUAAAAUUAUAGAAUUUUUUUUAGAUUUACACAAUAUAUAACACUAAAAUAUAAAUUAUAUAUUUAAAUCAUUGGCGAUAAUAUCAAAAUUGUACAUUUAUAAAAUGAAAAGUUUAGUUUCAUUGCCGUCGAUCCCAGGACGAUGGUGUUUUACAGAUGGCUCGUGGAAAGAGGGGGAUGGUUUUUCAGGACAAGGUUGGCUUAGUACUUUGGAAAGUUUUGAUGGAUUGUUGGGGGCGAGGAAUGUUAGGGCUAGUCUAUCGCCUCUUCAUGCAGAGAUUGAAGUGUUGCUCUGGGCAAUGGAAUGUAUGAGGAAUUUACGUCAAUUUCAGGUUACGUUUGCAACGGAUUGUUCUCAAUUGGUAAAAAUGGUUUCCGAACCAGAAGAAUGGCCAGCAUUUGCAAAUUAUUUGGAAGAUAUCAAGACCCUGAAAGAGAGCUUCACCCGAUCAGAGAUUAUCUAUGUACCACGGACGCAAAAUUCAAAGGCGGAUCGUCUAGCGCGCAGUGCUAGAAAGCAACCGUCUUUUGUUGUUCACAUGGAUUCAGAUCACCCGGUUUGGUUUACAGAGUCAGUAUGAGUCUGUAUUAUUGAUGACAAAAAAAAAAGUUUAGUUUCUGUUAAAACAAUAAGAUAGACAAAUGAUUACUAGUGUUUGAUAAAAUAAGUUAUAAAUUAGAAUUUGAAAGAUACUUAAUAAACACAGAAUAAAAUAGAUAGCAUUAAAAAUGGUUACAAAAUCCAAAACAGUUUUAGGAAUUCACACAGCUCUCUUAACAUUUUUACCAAAAAAAAAAAAAUUUCACACAGCUCAUCUACAGAAAGGCGAAAGGUACCGCGUCGAGGGAAAAAAAAAUUGUUUUCGCUUUUAACAUUUUUAGUUUACCUUAUUGUAUUAAAUAAUUUGUUUAUUUAUUACUUAGGGAACCUGAUACCACUUUGAGUGCGUGGUUCUUGUUCAUUUUCUCUCUCUAAGAAAAUCUUUUCUUCUGCCAAGAAACCCAUUUCUGAAAUAAUCAAUCCUCCAAAGGUCUGUGUGUAUUUUAGUGUUAUUUUCUUAGUGUUUUUGAUCUCUUAACAACUCUCUUCUUCUUUUACUUAUGUUUUUGUAUUGUAUCACCAAUUUGCAUUUCGUACUUUCCUUUUGUUAAUAUUUUCCAAAGAUCCAAGCUUAUAUUCUUCGAAACAGGUAUGCAUGUGUAUACACAUAAAUCUCUGUAAGUUUUGGUAUUGUAUGAUCCAGACUAGCUUCUGUUCAUGGCAUUAUAAAAAGGUUCUUGGUUUUGUUUUGUUUCUUCCCAGAUUUAUUGUUAAAUUUCAUGAUUCUGUAGUUUUUCUUCUUCUAAAUAUUUCAACCACUAGUAAAGAUUCAUCCUCUGAAACUGAUUGGUUUGGUUAUUUUCUUUUCAUGUCUUAAUGUUUUUUUUAAUCUUCUAUCAAUAUUUCUGGAAAAUUCUCAAUAAUCUUUGGUCUAUUUAAGAAUACUAGAUGCUUGUUUAAAUUCUUCUUUUUGGUUAUCUACAAAUCUUGAUCUAUCAGUCACUUGUUGUGAUGUAUUGAGUUUCACGUCAUUCCUCUCAUAAAAUAAUACACUCCAAUCAAAUUGGAAACUGGAAAACUUUAAUAAAAAGUCGGUCUUAUAACUGUUCCUAUUUGUGAUUUCCUUCACCAAUCUGACUCUGAUACUUCAAAAUCUCACCAAGUAAUCCCAAUAUUAUUCUAUUUUUUCUCUACUUCACAUGAAAUAACAAUAAUAAUAUUUGUUUUUCUUGAAAGAUCUUCAAGUUUCUGGGUUUUACAGUUUACUCUUAUGGGGUUUUGUUUAAAUUUAAAUUCAAAAAAUAUUUGUAAAAAGCAUUCCUUAUAAACUCUUAUAGGUACAUAUGUCUCUCAUAAAUUUGACAUUACAAAGAUCUGGUGAAUAGUAACAGUGGAAGAAUCAUCAAAUGUUCUUGUCAUCAUCAUCCACUGGUGAAAGCACUCCAAACAAUCCAUCAACUUCUUCUAGUUUCUUACAUCUGACCAACUCUAGUGAUGAGUUAGGUCAAUCACAUUAUUCCAGCUUCUCCAUCAGAGAUUAUGCAAGUAAAUACCGGACCAAGAACAUUGAAAAAAGCUGGCCUUUUUCCUCACAUGGCUUAACUGAUCCAUUGCCACCAAUGCAGCCUCUUAACUUUGUGGUAAGCCUUCCUCCUGAAGCAAUAAGCUGCAAGAGAAAGUUUGAAAAACUUUGCUCCAAUCAAGCGUUAGCAGAGACUAAACAAGGCUUUGAGAAUGGUUCUUUGGCGAGUGGUUCCAAAUCCAAAAUACAAGUAGCUAACGUUAACAAGAACCCUAUAAAAAAGUGUGGGUUCGUAGUUAAAGCUGGAGCUUGUGGGGACGGUGAAUCAAAAGCAGACCAGGGUUGUGUCACCACUUUGAAUGCGCAUAUCGACAAGUGUUUGUCUGUUGACUCUGGACAACAGCCAAUUAGUAAGCCACGGAGGAAAGUGAAAAGGAUGGUUGAUAUAUACGCAACUGCAAAAAGAUGCACAUUAGAAGAUCUUGAUCAAAGAAACGGAACAAAGUGGGAUAUGUCUUCCAGCUACUCAUCAAACAAGGUUGUCUCUGAUAAUAAUAAGCCUCAAGUGUGCAACAAAAGGAAGAAGCGGAGUGUGUUGCAUGCUAACAUUGAUGAAGAUGCUGCUACCAUUGGACCUGUCUACAUUGAUGCUAAGGGUCAAAAACUGCGGAUCAUAUCUGAGUUUAACGAGAAAGCUUCUGAAGAAGAUGUCAGUGAGAAGGAAUCUUCUAAAGAAGGUAAAGGGAAUUACAGAGGCUUUAGGGAAAGACUUUUGGGAAAGAAGUAUCACAAGCAUUGUAAAUGCAAUGCUUCAGAGAUCUUGGAGUGUAGAAGAGGUUAUUCUGAAGAAUGUGUGAUCAAGAAGCAUUUGUGGAGAAACGUUUGUGAUCAGCCAUCCGAGAAUGGGCAUUCAUUGUCAGCAGCAGAUCCUCCUGUGUCAAGAGGUCCAAGUCAUGCGAAUUUCGAUUUAACUGAGACAGUUUCUUCUCUUUUAAACAGUCACAACUCAUGGAGAAGUUGUGGGGAGAGCCAAGUCUCUGGAAAGAUCACCAAAAGGGAGAGAUGUUCAAUGCCUGUGGAUAAGGUGAAGUUGAAGAAAGCUCGGUCCGAGAAUGAAGAGGAAGAUGAAGAUUCAGGGAGAUGGGAGUCUGAAAUGACUCAAGAACGUGUAAUGGCAGAUUAUAAUGAUAAUGAAGAAAGAUAUAAGGUGUUUCUAAGCUCGAAAACUUCUACUACUGGUGGUGAAGAGAUUGGUAAUAAUAACAUAAGAGAUGAUAAUAUGUUAGAUAAAACCAGUACUGAUGCAGAUGCCGAGUUUGAAAGCAUGGUUUACGAGGAAACAGGUUGUGAUGAUACUGAAGAACGAGGAGGAAACACAUUCAUGGAGGUUGAUCCCAUUCCUAUUCCAGGACCUCCAGGGUCAUUUCUACAAAGUCCUUGGGAUAUGGAAACUGAUGCAUCUGAACAUCGUGGAAACUUCUCAGUUAAAUCUUUAUCUGAAUCAACAUUUGGACAAGCAGCACCACACAUGAUCCAACAAGAUUUGGGUCUCUUGAGUAAGUCUUUUCAUGCGGCUCCUUCCAGUUCAACCUCGGUUUUGCGGCUAAUGGGAAAGGAUUUGAUGGUUAUCAACCAAAGAGAAGACACCUCACGUGGAGAUUCAUGUCUAAAAUCAACUUCUCAGUUUCAAGAUCUCGCUAAGACACAACAUGUGUCUCCUCCUGCUCAUCUUCUUCCUCGUUCUUAUGGUGGAAACGGUUUGUACACCAGCACAAGCUUUUACAACAUUCCGUGACAAUUCAAAUCAAGAACUCUAAAUUAUAUAAGAAAUUUAAUCAACUUAGUAAUUUUC